AUGGUCAAAAUUUUGGAUGAAAAACUGUUCAAGGAACAAAUUGUUUCAAAAUAUACAGAUGUUAUAGGUGAAAAAUUAGGUGGAGAAAUUCAUUCAUUUUCAGACGAAUGGUUUGCAAAAGCGGAGAAUUUAAUCAAACCAAAAGCCCCAAUCAGAGAUGCGACAAAAUUUACUUAUGCUGGUGCUUGGUAUGAUGGUUGGGAAACCAGAAGGCAUAAUACUGAGGAAGCGGAUUGGGUUAUUUUUAAAUUGGGAGUGAGUUCAGCUAAAUUAAUUGGAUGUGAGGUAGAUACUGCAUUUUUUAAUGGAAAUCACGCUCCUUUUAUUUCAGUGGAAGCAUUGCAAGAUUUUAACAAUGACAAGGAUUUAUUGAAUAGUGAAUGGGAUGAAAUUAUUCCAAAAACUGAAUGUGGUCCAAGUCAAAAACACUUCUUUGUAAGAGAUGCUAUAACUCAAAAAAAUUAUAAUUAUGCUAGGAUCAGAAUGUAUCCGGAUGGUGGAAUUGCAAGAUUUCGUUUAUAUGGAAGUGUUAUACCAGUUAUAUCGGAAAGUAAUGCGUCAGAAGUAAUUGAUUAUGCAUCUGUAAAAAAUGGAGGUGUUGCAAUAAAAGUAAGUGAUCAACAUUUUGGAACUGCAGAUAAUUUAUUAUUGCCAGGCAGAGGGCAUGAUAUGGGUGAUGGAUGGGAGACGAAAAGAUCAAGAGAAAAGGGCCAUACUGAUUGGGUGAUAAUAAGAUUAGGGGCUCCAGCAAAACUAAAAGAAAUUAUUAUUGAUACUGCUCAUUUCAGAGGUAAUUUUCCACAAAAAAUUAAUGUUAAAGGAGCAUAUGUCGAAAAUGAAGAUGAUAUCAAUUAUGUUGAGUGGAUUCCAAUCGUUUCAGAUUCUAAAACUAGUGCGGAUAAAGAACACUUAUUUAAAGUUGAGACUGACGAUAUUACUUUUACUCACAUUAAAGUCACUAUAAUACCAGAUGGUGGUGUUAAAAGAGUUAGGGCAUUUGGAGUUAGAGGCUAA